GUUGAUUCAUUUCAUUUUGUCCCCACUGACAAUGUUGAAUGCAUCAUCGGUGUGCUCGUGCUUUUUCCUUGCAGACAUUAUUUACAGCACAAAGGUCAGGGAAUGCGAUCGCAAAUGCUACUAUAAGGAGAUGACUCAGUCAGUCUUCUGCCUCUGCCCUCUUGGCUGGACCCCAUGGACAUUGCGCUUUUAUCAGGCGAUUAUGGCUCGUUGCAUUCCUGUGGUCAUUGCUGACAACAUUGAGUUCCCUUGGGAGAAUUUUCUCGAUUAUUCUCAGUUCUCUCUGAAGAUCCCGGAGAACCAGAUAGAUUCAAUUGUUUCGGUGAUGAGGGGGAUUUCGGCAAAGGAGCGGGAACGCAAAAGGCAGGAAAUGGAGAAAGUCUGGAUGAUGUUCACAUAUCAACGUCCUCCUCAACCUGGGGAUGCAUUUUUCUCUGUGUUGAGAGAGCUGACAAGCAAGAUAAGACGCUUCAAGACCUCCUCUAGUCAUGUUUGGACGUAACAUCCAGUGGGAUUUGGGGCCUUGGUCCAUUACUACCACAGUAACUACCAAAUGUGAAACAGUGAAAAUGACAAGUGCAUCUUGCACUAGAACCUGCCCAGAUACGUUUGCCAUUUUCACAU